AUGGUGGAAGCUCUUAAACACACGACGGACUAUUUAUUCCUCCAACAAUCGCAUUGCGACGUCCAGUUUUGCUUCCCAAAUGAUGAGAAACCAAUCAGAGGUCAUGUGAAAAUUUUGUCAUCCAGAAGUUCUAUUUUCGCCGCAAUGUUCCAGCAUGACAUGCAAGAGUUCAAGACGGGCCAGGUCGUCAUUCAAGAUACGGAACGGGACAUAUUCUAUCAACUGGUUCAUUACAUUUACUCCGGCCGGACUUGGACGUCGUUGAAUGAAGGCACAGCUCAAAAGCUACUCUUGGCAGCUGAUAAGUACAAUGUGACUGGACUUAGCAUAGAAUGCACCAGUUACUUGAUUUCAAACAUCACAUGGGAGAGAGCUGUUGAUUUGAUGAUUUGGGCUCACGUGCAUUCAAUUGAUAAAGUCAAAGAAGCGGCCCUCGACAUUGUCGCAAAAAAUGGAAAGCAGAUUUGCCCUUUAAAAGCCUGGGAGGGACUGGUGAUCAAUUAUCCUCACCUUUGUUUGGAGGCAACUAGGCGCAUGAUAGCAUAG